AUGGCUGGAUUUUGCCCCCGGGCCCAAGGUUCCCUACUCCUGAACUCUGCGCUGAGGCUGGACUGUUUGUGUCAGGUCUUAGUGGCACUGCUGAGUCUGUGUGAGGGACUCCGGGCUGCUCCCCGAAUGAGGCCUAACGACCACCGGGCUGAGUUCGAUUCCAUCGUCAACCUGGCAAGAAACCUGCUGAGCGACACCAAGAACCUCUUCAACCACUUUAAAAGCCGUUACCCAGCGGAAGGUGAACACAAGCUGGAAACGCUGCCGGUUUUGUCCAUGAAUGCGGUGGAACUUGCCAACAUCCAGGUCUCUGGGGGUCUGGCCCGGCUCAGCUCUGACUUGCAGUGCUACCAACGCCACUUUGAAUGGCUGCGGAAGGCGGCCCCACUGCUGCGGCCCAUGGAGCACGACAUCAGCACUGUGCACAACCGACUUGAGCGCCUUCUCAAAAGACUGGAGCACCUGAUGGCCAAGCUCAGCCUUUCACGGCCCAACGACCCUGUGCCGACCCUCCCAGCCCACGGCACCCACUGGUCUGUGGUUCAAGCAGGACAUGCCAUCGUCCACUCGUUUCACCUUUAUUUAGACUGGGCGGCCCGUGUGCUGGUUCUGAUUCGGAACAAGCUGUGA